CUAUCUGAUACAACAGACAUAGACACCCAGCCAUGCCGAAGAAAGCAUCCAUCUACCGUCAACCUGGCGCACAGCACUUUCAGCUCGUCCACCGUUCUCAGCGAGACCCCUUGGUACACGACCCGGAUGCCCCGCAGCGGUUGUUCAAAGAGGUCGGGAGGUUGAACGACAAGCAGAAGGGACAAACGCUAGCAGAUCUCGAACGUACCCUCCAAUCCACCAACCAGAAUCUCAAGAACCCUCCUUUACGUGCCAACGAAGGGGAAGCCACCCUCUACGGCGUCUACUACGAUGACACCGAGUACGACUACAUGCAACAUCUCCGGGGGCUCGAAGUGGACGAUCCGAACGCGAUGGGAGCGAGCGCAGGGCCGGACGAGGCGAUCUUCGUCCCUGCUCCUGGGAGGGGGAGUACGGCGGUGGGCAAUCGAGGAGCGGCGGGGAGGACGACGGUAGCUAGGUCAGGGAAGGAGGACGAUUUCGCCCAAGGGUUCUUCAAGAAGGGUCAGAGCACGCCCCUGAACCCGGCCUCGUCCUCGUCUGGCUCGGUAGCUGGAUCGUCGAUCUUGCCCUCGACGGUACUCCCCUCGACCACGGAGAGGUCUUACCAACAGGCCAUUGAAGCCACCCGAGCGAUUCCCUCCCAGCUGUCCGGUUUUAGGCCCGAUAUGGACCCUCAUCUUCGGCAGGUACUCGAAGCGUUGGAGGAUGACGCUUUCGUGGAAUCCGACGACGAGGAUGUGGAGGUGGAGGUUUUCGACAUGAAGAACAUGAACACGAAAAAGGCGGGCAAGGGCAAGAAGGACUGGUUUGAUGAGCUGCUUACCGGUGGGGAGAGGGGAGAAGACGAGCCGGACCUGGAGGAGGAGUUUGAAUUUAGGGAAGAAGGGAUCGAGGACGAUGGGAGGCCUAGCUGGGUGGAUCCUGCACUGAGACCGAAACGGUCCGAGGGUGACAUUCAGGAAGAGGGCGAGGACGAAGGUGCGGAGGGGGAGACUUGGGAAGAUCGUUUCCGCGCCUUCAAAGCCUCGGGAGGACUCGCCCGACCUACCUCUCCCCCCACCAACCCUCAAGCCGACGAGGAGGACGAGAACGACGACCUCGUCUCGGAAAAGGCCGACACGCUAGCUUCGCUCCGUUCGUUCGCCCCGACCGUCAACGGGGCCAAGAACCGGCGCAGAAAGGGCUCGAGCAGGGCAGGGGGGAGUCAGGCGAGUGGGUAUAGUAUGAGCAGUUCGAGCAUGUUUAGGAACAAGGGGUUGAGCGUGCUCGACGAGAGGUUCGACAAGAUCGAACGGGAUUAUGAGGACGAGGGCGAGUUCGACGAAGACGAUUUCCCCGAAUCCGAAUGGAUGUCCCAGGCGGACAAUGACGAUGCGGACGACGACAACGCCUCGGUCGCUUCCUUUGCCACCGCGACGACGUUUACCCGGAUGCUACGUAAACAGCAGAGGGCUCAACAGAACGCAGAGACCGAGGUCUCGAGGGAAGAUUUCGAGGCGAUCAUGGACGAUUUCCUCGACAACUACGAGGUCGUGGGCAAGAAGAUGGUGCAGGUCUUGCCUGGGCACAGUGGGGCGGAAAAGUUGGAUAGCAUGAGGAGGGCGUUGGUAGGGCUGGACCUCGAGGGGAACGGGCCUGUCGGCGGUCAACGUGCUCAAGAGGAUGACGAUGAUCUGGGCAGCUUGGCAGGAGGGACCAAGAGGGAGGCGGACUACAUCCGGGAGAGGUAUCUGAAGGAGGAUUAUUAUGCGGGCAAGGGGAGGGAGGAGGAGAAGAUGCCGAUGCUGCAUAUCGUCGGGCAGGGCAAGGAGGACAAGUGGGAUGCCGAGACCAUCUUGAGCACCUACUCGAACCUGGAAAACCACCCGCGGAUGAUCGGGGUGCCUCGAAAGGAGAAGAAGAAGAAACACACUCCGGUCGUCCCGCAACCCGAACUGGACGAAGAGGCCGAACCGUCUCUCGACGGAUUCUCCCAAACCGGGGACGACUCUGACAACGAGAGCGUCUCUAGCGAUGGGACCGUCCGUGCCGAACCGCGUGCCCCGCCCGUGAGACCCCGCGGAGAGACGAAAGAGGACAAGAAGGCGAGAAAACUCGCCGUCAAGGCCGAGAGGAGCGCACGACGUGUGGAGAAGAAGACGAGGCAGGAGACGUUUGGGAUGGAACGCAAGUCGCAGUUGAAGGGGCACGAGCGGGCCGUGGCGGGUGGGAGGGCAUCGGACCUGACGGCGCUGGCGAGCGGGGGUACGGGGACGAUCAAUGUGGUCAGGUUGUGA